ACCGAGCCAAUGCCCAAAGACACAGUAAAGCAUCAACAUAAAGAGAACAUUUCAAAAAUCAAAUCCUUCCUCUUAAUUCUCUCACUCUCUGCGUGUGUUCACAAUGGGUCAAGGUCCAUCGGGAAUGAACCGGCCACCAGGCGACAGAAAGAACGAUUCCGACAACAAAAAGGACAAAAAAUACGAACCAGCAGCACCACCAUCACGCGUAGGCCGAAAGCAGCGCAAACAAAAAGGUCCGGAGGCGGCCGCGCGGCUCCCAACAGUAACACCACUAACUAAAUGCAAACUUCGGCUCUUAAAACUGGAGCGCAUUAAAGACUAUCUGUUAAUGGAGGAGGAGUUUGUAGCCAAUCAAGAAAGGCUUAAACCACAGGAGGAAAAGAAUGAAGAGGACAGAUCUAAGGUCGAUGAUUUGAGAGGCUCGCCUAUGAGUGUUGGCAAUUUGGAAGAGCUGAUUGAUGAGAAUCAUGCCAUCGUUUCUUCUUCGGUGGGACCCGAGUAUUAUGUUGGGAUUUUGUCUUUUGUUGAUAAGGAUCAACUUGAACCUGGAUGUGCUAUUCUUAUGCAUAAUAAGGUCCUUUCUGUUGUUGGGCUUCUUCAGGAUGAAGUUGAUCCUAUGGUUUCUGUGAUGAAGGUUGAGAAAGCUCCUCUGGAAUCUUAUGCCGACAUUGGUGGGUUGGAUGCCCAAAUACAGGAAAUUAAAGAAGCAGUGGAACUUCCGCUUACUCAUCCUGAAUUGUAUGAAGAUAUUGGUAUUAAACCCCCUAAAGGAGUGAUACUCUAUGGGGAGCCUGGAACAGGGAAAACAUUGCUUGCUAAGGCAGUGGCAAACUCUACAUCAGCAACUUUCUUGCGUGUAGUAGGAAGUGAAUUGAUUCAGAAAUACUUGGGAGAUGGCCCAAAAUUAGUCAGGGAACUCUUUAGAGUUGCUGAUGAUCUUUCACCAUCAAUUGUUUUCAUCGAUGAAAUUGAUGCAGUUGGUACAAAGAGGUAUGAUGCACAUUCAGGUGGUGAACGUGAGAUCCAAAGAACUAUGUUAGAGUUGCUGAAUCAACUAGAUGGUUUUGAUUCAAGAGGAGAUGUAAAAGUAAUCCUUGCAACAAACAGAAUUGAAAGUCUUGAUCCGGCCUUGUUGCGCCCCGGACGAAUAGACAGAAAGAUUGAAUUUCCCCUUCCAGAUAUCAAAACCAGGAGGCGCAUUUUCCAGAUACAUACAUCAAGAAUGACAUUGGCAGAUGAUGUUAACUUAGAAGAAUUCGUAAUGACUAAGGAUGAAUUUUCUGGGGCUGAUAUCAAAGCUAUAUGUACAGAGGCUGGCCUGCUUGCUCUAAGAGAGCGGCGCAUGAAGGUAACCCAUGCAGAUUUUAAGAAAGCGAAGGAGAAAGUUAUGUUCAAGAAGAAAGAAGGGGUGCCGGAAGGACUCUAUAUGUGAGGCAAUCCUUCCAUGAGGCUAGACGAUCUUAUAUUUUGUUCUCUUUUAGCAUUCCCUUCAUACUCUACAAUUUGCUUUAUUAUGGGUGAUUAUGCUUCAUCUGUUAACAUUCUGAUAUCAUCCUUUUGGGCUACCUUUUGUUUUAUUUUGACUUUGUAAUUUGAAAAUCCUUCUCAUUGUUGAAGUUUGCUAUGUGCCAUACAACCGCACAUGAGGAAAGCAACUUAUUGUGAUGUUCUUUUUA